GCAGCAACGGCGAGUGAGAACUUGCGACUCCGGCAGGAGGCAAGGUCCCUUUCUGGAGAGCUGUUUCCCUGGCGCAGGGAGAACGCGGCGCCCCUCCGGCUGCCCGCCCGCCCGCACCUGCUGCUCCGCGAAGAGGCUCGGUCGCUGUCUCCUCCUCCCCUCCCUCCGGGCGCCCACCCCCCAGCUCGCCGGUCCCUCCCCCCGAAGCCGGUCACGGAGGCUGCAUUGAGCCGCGGCUCUGGCAAAAGUUUUGAGCGGAGCGCCAGCGCUCAGGAGCCGGCGCAGAGCGACCCCUUGGCGGGGAACUUCCUCGACCCUUUGCCCGGCUGCGAUGCGCCCGACGGGGAGCGCCGAGAUUUGAAGCCACACAGGCAGGGCUCUGCUAAACCGUCCGCAGGACGUUCUGUAGGCAGCCAGCAGCUCUGGGAACAUCCCAAUGCGGCUUUGCAGCCCUGCAGAGGGAUGUCCCAACCACGUCUUCUCAGUAUCCUGCUGGCACUGGUGGUGUGCCCUCAGGGACCCUCAGCCCAGAUCAUGGACUUCCUCUUUGAGAGCUGGAAGGCCUAUAGCGAAGAGUGCUACCACAACAUGAGCCUUCUGCCACCAUCCACUGAGCUGGUCUGCAACCGAACCUUUGACAAGUACUCGUGCUGGCCUGAUGCACAGCCCAACAGCACUGUCAAUGUUUCCUGCCCCUGGUACCUGCCCUGGUACGACCAAGUGAAGCAUGGCUAUGUAUUCAAGAAGUGUGACCCAGAUGGACAAUGGGUGACCACCCCCGAAGGGAAGUCGUUGCGUGAUGCUCAUCAGUGUGUGAUGAACAACGAGACCAUCUUAGAGCAGGAGUGGUUUGCUAAGAUCUACGGGAGCUUCAAGGUGAUGUACACGGUUGGCUACUCGGUGUCACUCUGCACUUUGAUCCUUGCCUUGGCUGUGCUGCUGGGCUUCAGCAAGCUGCACUGCAUGCGCAACUACAUCCACAUGAACCUCUUCGCCUCCUUCAUCCUGAAGGGCAUCUCGGUGCUUAUUAUCGACAAGCUGCUCAACACUCACUUCAACCAGAAGAUUGACGACUACAGUGUGGGUCUUUGGCUGAGUGAUGAGGCAGCAGCCAGGUGCCGGGCAGCCACUGUGUUCAUGCAGUACGGCAUUGUGGCCAACUAUUGCUGGCUGCUGGUGGAGGGGCUCUACCUGCACAACUUGCUGGUGUUGGCCGUCUUCUCCGAGCGCAGCUACUUCAGCCUCUACCUCUGCAUCGGCUGGGGGGCCCCAGUACUCUUCAUUGUGCCAUGGGUAGUGGUGAAAUUUCUUUAUGAAAAUAUUCAAUGCUGGAGUACCAAUCAUAACAUGGGGUUCUGGUGGAUCCUGCGUUUCCCUGUGUUCCUGGCCAUCUUGAUCAACUUCUUCAUUUUCAUCCGUAUCAUUCAGAUAUUGGUCUCUAAGCUCCGUGCCCACCAGAUGCGCUACACAGACUACAAAUUCCGGCUGGCCAAGUCAACACUGACGCUCAUCCCGUUGCUGGGAAUCCACGAGGUGGUUUUCGCCUUUGUCACCGAUGAGCAUGCCCAGGGCACGCUGCGCUAUGUCAAGCUCUUCUUUGACCUCUUCCUCAGCUCCUUCCAGGGAAUGCUGGUGGCCAUUCUUUACUGCUUUGUGAAUAAGGAGGUGCAGUCAGAGCUCAUGAAGAAAUGGACGCGCUGGAAGCUUGGCUGGGACAUAGAAGAGGAAUACAAGCACACGUACAGCCACACACCCCAUGUCCGCAACGGGGGUACCAGGACCGGCGAGAAGCACAAGCUGGUUGGCAACUACCUCAAUGGGCUGGGCCGCAGCCAAGCCACCAUGCACACCAGCACUCAGUACCUGGAGAGGACAGCAUGCAGUGCCAGUGAAAACUUGGCAGUGGCUGAGCAGCCCCAUUGCUACGAGUUCCCUGACACAGCCGAGAGCAACCUCUGAAGCUGACUUGCCUGUCUGCCCCUGGCUUAUGGGGCCUGUCUCACUCUUUGCCCCCUGAGGCAGCCGUCCUGCAGAGCAAAGAGGGCAGCUGACAGCCCAGGAGGCUGUGGGACACAUGACUGGAAAGUGUACCCUCUGCCAAGCAGCUUGGCGCAGACUAGAUGGUGCAAAUUCCUUGUCCGUGCUGGAGACAUGCUUAUGAGAGACCCAGCAAGACGAGCUGCCUUGCCUGUCCGCAUGCCGAAUGCUCCAGGACAUGAGAUCCAGGGGACAGCCCAGCCACAGGGCAUCCUGACAGAGGUGACAAUGCCAAACAAGCUUUGUAGUGGGAGGAGAUUCUGUACCGUUGUUAGGAAACUUUGAAAGCCUGCACAUUUAUGAUUGUGCCAGAAUCAGCACUGAUCAGACUCCUUAAGAAUCUCCAAUUUCCUCUUUUUAAAAACAA